AUUACCUGCUAUUGGUCGUGGAAAGUUGAAUUUGAGAAAACUGAGAAUGUAAAUGCGGCUAUUGCCUAUUACCGUAUAAUUCUAACUUUUUUGAUUAUUAUACCUGUGUUAUGUUAUUGAUUUUCUAUAACUAACUCAACAGUAUAAUUAAUAAUGUAAUCAUGUAACCAGUCUACGGAUGUUUUAAUAAUACUUACGGUGUAGGUGCUUUGUUUCAAAGUUAAUACAAGAAUUUGCCGUCUUUAAUAUCUAAACAUAAUGGAACGAGAUCCCAAUAAAAGGAAAGUGAAGCCACCAUCUAAUCCAGAACUUGUCAAUUUAGAUGACAUAGCCGGUGAAAGUUCGUCAGAUAGUGAUUUUCGAAUAGAAGAUCAUGUCAUUGGUUCAGAUUCUGACAUUGGGUCUUAUUUUACUGAUGGUGAAGAUGAUGACGAUGAUGAUGAUGAUGAUAAUGAUGAAGAAGAAGAAGAUGAAAAUGAAAAUGAAAAUGUUGACAACAAUAUUUCAGCAGCAGACGCUUCAACUGAAGUGACAACCAUUCAGUUUAAUUCCAAAAAAGUAAAUUUAAAAGAAAUAGUGGAUAAAAUUCAUAUUUGCAGCAUUUGCUUGGGUGACGCUAGCGAUGCAGUUAAUGAAUUAAUAGACUGUGAUGAGUGUGGUAUCUCAGUACAUGAAGGUUGUUAUGGUGUGCAUGACACCGGAAGUGUAAGCUCAUCAGUUUCUUCUUGUUCUAUGGAACCUUGGUUUUGUGAAGCAUGUAAGGCCGGUGUUGAAAACCCUACAUGUGAACUAUGCCCUAAUUUUGGUGGUAUCUUUAAGGAGACAGACUGUGGAAAAUGGGUACACUUGGUUUGUGCUUUGUAUGUACAAGGCAUAACAUUUGGUGAAGUUACGAGCCUUAAUAGAGUUAUAUUGUUUCCAAAUACUUCCCCACGUUGGGGUGCUAAAAGUUGUAUUUUAUGUAAAGACAUGAGGUUCAUGUGCACUGGAGUGACGAUUGCAUGCGAUGCUGGAUUAUGUAGAUCAAAUUUCCACGUUACUUGCGCUCAACGUGAGGGCUUCUUGUCAGAAGCCACAAGUCCGGACACUGAUCAGUCGGAUCCAUUCUAUGCUCAUUGUAAACUGCAUGUGGACAAGCUUAUUGCAAAAAAAAGAAAAAGAAAUUGGGAAGCUUUACAGUUGAGAACUAGACAAAUGAAAAUUUUAAGAGAAGAACAAGCAAUUGAAAAAUCUGGAACAUGGCAACGUAAUCAACGAAGACUUGAGAAAUUACGUUCUAAAUAUUAUCAAUCAAAAAAUGUUAACAACCCAGAAUUAACAUUAAAGUCCAGAGUUCCUCGUUCUAUAACGACAUCAGCUUCAGCAUGCCGAGCUCUUUGGUUAAAAGCUAGUUUGAUGGGAGUGAAUUUAUCUUCUUAUGAAGCGAUUGAAGGUCAUAUAAAGGCCCUUCGUGAUGUUCCAAAAAAAUGGCAUAUACCACCUACUUUUAGUUUGGAAUUUGUAAGUUAUUUUUUGGAUAGAAAUCUAAGAUUGACAGAAUUGAAAAAACAGUUAAAGUAUUUCACCGAACAAAACAUAAAACUUCAUAACGAACAAUCAGUUGUUCAAGAAAAAUAUAAUCAAGUGUCCGAGCUUAAUGAAAAACAAAAACAAAAACAUUUAGAACUUAAAAAUUGCAUUUCAGCCUACCAUAAUGUUAUACUUUUUGGUGAUCCUAAUGCCAAAUUACCUAAUAUGGAUGUGCUUGUUGUAAACGAUCAAAAUACAGGACAACCUCAUACAGUAAUAACAAGUGAUUCUGUAUCUAAGCCUGCUGCUUUAAAAGCAGGUGUUGGAUUCUCAUUGAAACAUACUGAUAGUACAGGAAUCAUAGAUAAUGAUGUUCCUUUAGGAUUAAACAACAAAUGUGGUAUCUGUGCUCAUGGUAACGACCAACAUUUGCUCGCUAAAUGUGAUAAAUGUCGUUUGUAUUACCAUUUGGGUUGUCUAAACCCACCGCUAACCAGGAUGCCUAAAAAAACUAAAUUAUUCGGAUGGCAAUGCAGUGAAUGUGACAAUAGCCGUUCAAAUUCUGAGCCAGAAUCUGUUGAUCCGAAUGCUCCUAGAAAAUUAAGAAACGUUAGUAGAGAACAUUCAGUAUCUGAUAGUUUUAGAUCUCCUUCUCUUGUAAAUGACGAAAUUGGCAGCUUAGAUGACCUAAGUAAACCAUCUAGUACUCAAAAAAAGAAGAAGCACCAUGAAAGGCAUAGAGAAAGAUAUUCUCCUGAAAUGAUUACAAAACGAGUUAAAACUCGAAAACGUAAACACAAGCAUCAUAGAGAAAAUAAUAUUGUUCAAGAAAUUGAACCCUUUAAUGAUCCAAUUAGUGAACCGCCCAGACAAGGAAUUAAAUUAUUUAUAAAAUCUGUACCGAGUGCUAGUGGAGUUAAAACAACCUCGUCGCAGUUGCUUAUCGCGCCACCAGUAGAUGAUGUGCUGCAUGUUACUAAGCCCAAACCGGAAAAGAGUGUUGAACCUCUUAGGAUAACUACAACUUCUAAUGAUGUUAAAGUCACCCCAAAAUGUAACAAUUGUAAAACAACUGGAACUAGUGCUACCAUGGUCCAGUGUGACGAGUGCAGUAAAAAUUUCCAUUUUCGUUGUCUUGAUCCACCAGUGAAAAAAUCACCUAAAGUGCGUGGAUACUCGUGGCAUUGUGCGGAAUGUGAUCCAACGGAUAGUGACUCGUCUUAAUCCUAAAACAAAACACCUAUUGUUGGAAAACUCAGUUAAAAUGUGUAGUAUACUCAGUAUUGUAUUAUAUUAUUGGUUUAAUAUCUUUUGGAUCUUCUAUUGUAUAAUUUUUGUAAAGUAAUUUAUAUGUUUUAAAGUGUAUCUGAAACAAUUUUAUAUUUUGCUUUUAUUAUUUUAUUUUAUCGACCAUUAAAUGACAAAUAUGG